AUUCCUAUUUUUAUGGGACGAAAUAAAAUAUAGAGUGAAGUGACAUUAUAAAUAGAAUGAGUGACAUUAUAAAAGUUGUGUGAAAAAACAGAGGAAUAAUGUAUGGAACAGCAUCGGACGAGAGAGCGGUGAAGGUACCAGCAAGCGAAGCAUGGAAGUUGAUUGGCACUCUUCAACUCGCCUAUUUCAUUGAAGAAUCACUUCCUCAUCUCAUCAGCAAAAUCGACGUCAUACAAGGCGACGGCUCCGCCGGAACCAUACUCCACGCCACUUUCCCUCCAGGGAGAGAGGACGGAUUGAAGUGGUUCAAGGAGAAGUUCACGGUGGUGGAUGAUGAGAAGCGUGUGAAGGUGGCGGAGGUGGUGGAAGGCGGCUACCUCGAUGCAGGGUUCACGAUGUACCGGAUCACGUUGGAGGUGACGGAGGCGGAGGAGGAGGAGGAGCAGUGUGUAAUUCGAACUACAUUAGAGUACGAGCUAAAAGAAGAGGGCGCAGCCAAUGCAUUCCUGGCAUCCAUUCAACCCCUCGCCGCCAUCAUGCAACUUGCCGCUGAUUCUUUGCAACGGAACUACACCCACAAUUCAUAAUUAGCCUCUCUUUAUAAUCACUUUCAUGUUGCUUAAUAAUGAGGUCAAUCAAGUUCGUAAUCAUCCUGUAUUUCACGCCUGUUUUUUUUAUCAACAAUGUCAAUUUUAUUUGGUUAUUUUGUUUUUGGAUGAAUGUCCAA